AUGCCCUUUUCUUCGAAAAGAAAACGUUCGCCAGCGGCCUUGAAUCAACCUCUCAUAUCACCUCUUACUACAAAAUCAAGGCCUCACUUCGAGGCUCGGGUGACAAGUGCACAAUCCCACGUCCAACGAAACUCGGUCCAUCCGUCAUCUUCAGCUGCGAGACAAUUGCGAACUCCAUUCCACACGGAGAUACAGUAUGAAGCUGAUUACCCGGAAAGUUCCAUUGAUGAUGAUCUUGGCCAUGUCAUCGUCGCUAUCGAUCUCAAAGACUAUGGGACAGUAGGUUGUGCUUAUUAUUCGGCGGAAGAGGAGAAGAUGUACCUGCUUGGAGAUUGUCGAUCUGGGGGGAUGGAAACAAUUGAUAUUCUCAUCACCCAGAUCAAGCCCACCGUGAUAUUGGCACCCCCGAGAGUUGACGUAUCCAGCUUACAGGGUCAAAACCAGAGCCUUACAAAUGGGGAUGCAUCGUCAUCCUACUUGCCCUAUCAGGUGGAUGUUCGUCCCACGCAGGAUUUCAGUUACACCAAUGCAGAAAACAGACUGGUUGCACUGGAUGCAUCAUCUUCUCAUGAGGAUAGAAUCCGCUUCUUUGUGCCCCAUAGCGGUCUGACAGGAUCCGAAGAAGUGAACCCUGAAGAGAUGGGGUUCACGCUCCACGAAGGACGACUCCAUCACAUAUCCAGUACUAUAGAUAUGGAUAACCCUGUAACGAUCGGAUGUGCUGGAGCAGUCCUCACAUACCUUCAAAAACGCAGAGCCGCGACUACCGGGAUGGAGCAGAUCGAUGGCUGUGCAUUCCGUGUGAGGUUCAUGGAGAUGUUCAGUUUGAAGGAUACGAUGUGGAUCGGAAGCAAUGCUUUCUUAUCACUUCAGAUCCUACAAUCUGAAUCCCACCCCAACAUGUUCAAUCAAGGUCCAGGAAAUACGUCUGCUUCUGGAAAAGAGGGUCUUUCGAUAUAUGGCCUCUUUCGGCGCUUUGCAUACACACCCCAGGGAAGGGCCAGACUAAAGCAGAUGUUUUUCCGUCCAAGUCUGAGUCUUGAUGUCAUCCAAGAGAGACACGAUUUCAUCGGGGUAUUUUCACGACCCGAUAAUAUGGCGGCUUUGGAGAAGAUGACCAAGGGGCUGAAACAUAUCAAGAACCUCCGGCCCGCAAUGAUCAAUCUUCACAAGGGCAUUAGUACAGGAAGCGGGAAAAUUACUGGAUUCAAGGCAACAGUUUGGGAAAGCUUGUUAGCUUUUGCUUUCUACGCAAUUGACAUCCAUGUUGCUCUACAAGAGAUUUCAGGAGCCGAUAAGCUGGAGUUACGAACAAAGGUUGACAUUGACGGCUCUGAUGAGCAAGGAAGAACCGUGGUCAAACAGGGCCUCGACCGAGAGCUCGAUCGGAUGAAAGACCGCUAUGAUGGCCUGGAUAGUCUCCUCAAGCACGUCGCCAUCGAUAUUGCAUCGACUAUUCCAGAAGACCUUGGAAUUGAUGUGAAUGUGAUCUAUUUUCCUCAACUUGGAUUCAAUAUUGCUAUUCCUCUCAACGAAAAUGGGCAAUCUGCAUGUUCUGGGUCCCAUGGAGACUGGGAGCUGGUAUUCAUUACGGAAAAUCGAGCGUACUUCAAAGACUUUCGUAUGAGAGAGCUGGAUGAAAAACUCGGUGAUGUCUACGGACUCAUCUGUGAGAAAGAGAUAGAGAUCGUGUAUGAUCUAGCUCAAAAAGUACUUCAAUACGAGAGUUUCUUGGUGGAGGCAUCUGAUAUCUGUGGGGAAAUUGACUGUAACGUCGCUCUGACACAGGCCGCCACUUUUUACAACUUGACUCGGCCUAAGAUGGUAUCGACAAAUAUCAUCAAGAUUAAGGGUGGCCGCCACAUGCUUCAAGAAAUGACAGUUCCUUCUUACGUCCCAAAUGACACACUUCUCGUGGGAGGAACCCAAGGUCAAGAAGAUUUUGCGGUUGAAAGCCAAGUUCCUAGUAUGCUCUUGCUGACAGGACCGAAUUACUCGGGAAAGAGCAUCUAUAUGAAGCAGGUAGCUCUAAUAGUGUAUCUCGCCCAGAUAGGAAGCUUUGUCCCCGCAGACAAUGCAGAGCUAGGGAUUACAGACAAGAUCUUGACGAAAAUCAAUACACAAGAAAGUGUGUCAAAGAUCCAGAGCACUUUUAUGAGUGACUUGCAGCAGGUUUCCCUUUGCUUGAAGCAAGCCACCAGCAAGAGCUUAGUGCUCAUCGACGAAUUUGGCAAAGGGACGAACGAAACUGAUGGCAUAGGUCUGGCAUGUGGAGUGUUCGAGCACUUGCUGGAUCUCACAGAUUCUCCGAAGGUCCUUGCUGCAACACACUAUCAUGAGAUUUUCGAGAAUGGAUUCCUUGAGUUGCGCCCCAAAUUACAACUAGGACACAUGGAGGUCAAGGUCUGCGAAGAGUCCCAAAAGGGCGAAGACCAGGUCACAUACCUAUAUAACUUUCGCAAGGGGCGGAGCAACAAAAGUUUUGGUACUAUCUGCGCAGCAAUUAAUGGGAUCGAUCCAUCCAUCAUCACCCGCGCCAAUGAGAUUAGCUUACUCGCUGCCCGAGGCGAGAAUCUCAUCGCUGCGUGUACGGCUGUAUUGCCGGAAGAGAUGGAAGCUCUUCAAAGUGCAGACGCUCUAGCGAGAAACUUUCUCGCGAUAGACUUCACAGACGCAGAGCUGCAGCGGAACGCAAAGUCAAUCCUAGAAGGUCUACUUGACCCUUCAGACCAAGAAAGUACAGGGGUAUCGGCUUAA